GCGGACCGGCACUCCUUUGACCAAACGCAUCCGAACCAGGCUGUGCCGAACCACACCGACCCGAGUCAACCCGAUUCGAGCAUUUGUUCUUGUCUCCUCACACAGGAAGGGUGACCUGGUAGUGCAUGUUUAUGCACCCGAUCUGCCGUAUAAAACCUCAUUCUGUAUAUUUGCAUUAAAUUUUGCCGAGCCUAUGGAGACGGCUGUUUCCAGAACCCAUAUCAUGAUCACCCAGCUCCUCCUUUUCAGCCAAUCAGUUGUGGCAGCAGAGACGCUGGUCAGAGGCCUGAGGAAACUGCACGACGAUAUUGACUGGUCAUACUCAGGUAUCCUGAACCAGCAUAACUGGGGUGAGAAGUACCCAUUCUGUAACAGUGCUAGGCAGUCUCCUGUGGACAUUGAUGAGAUGUUUACCCAGGUCCAGUUGCAGUAUCAAAACCUACAGUUAGAGGGCUGGGAAGAACUGACAGCAGACUCCAGCACCAUCCACAACAACGGGAAGACCGUGGCCAUUGAUAUGGAAGGGGAUUUUUUUGUGAGUGGAGGAGGACUGAGCUCCAGGUUCCGUGUUGGUAAAAUCACCUUCCACUGGGGGCGCUGCAACGCAACCUCAGAUGGGUCUGAACACAGCCUGAAUGGGAUGAAAUACCCUCUGGAGAUGCAGAUCUACUGUUAUGAUCCAGAUGACUUCCAAAGUCUUGAUGAGGCUGUAAGCGAAGGAGGGAGGAUCUCUGCUUUAGCUGUGCUAUUUGAGAUCAGCCUGGAAGACAAUGAGAACUUUGUUCCUAUCAUGGAGGCCGUCAGCACUGUCAGCAGGUUUGGUAAGAGCAGUUCAGUGGAAGCUUUCACCUUGCGGUCUUUGCUGCCUAAUAACACAGAUAAAUAUUACAUAUACAAUGGCUCACUGACAGCUCCUCCUUGCUCUGAAAUGGUGGAAUGGAUCGUCUUUAAAUACACUGUGGCCAUAUCAGAAACACAGCUGGAGGUAUUUUGUGAGGUAAUGACCAUAGAGCAGGCUGGAUAUGUGAUGCUGACCGACUACCUGCAGAACAACUUCAGGGAGCAGCAGCAACAGUUCAUGGGUCAGGUGUUUGUCUCAUACACUGGAGUGGAAGAUGUGCGCACACCCACCUGCAGCUCUGAGCCACAAAAUGUUCAGGCUGAUGCCCAGAAUGAUACAACCAUCGUAGUGACAUGGGAGCGUCCCCGUGUGGUUUAUGAGACAACUAUAGACUGGUAUACUGUCACCUACCAGAGACUACAGGGCCAAGACCAAAGCAAGCAGGAGUACAGGACUGAUGGGGACCAGGAUGUGGGUGCUAUCAUCCCCAGCCUGCUGGCUAACAGCAGCUAUGUGGUGCAGGUUUUGGCUGUUUGUACUAAUGGACUGAGAGGACGCUGGAGCGACCAGAUUAUAGUUGAUAUGCCAUUAGAAGACCCUGAAAGUGAUUCUAAUACUGACAUGGUCACAAAAGGCUUGGAAGGCAACAGAGAGGUCUCAUCUAAAGCCAUACGGGAGAAACCCAAGAACCAAAAUCAGGUGGAUUUGUCUCCAGAAGACCAUAUCCCAGUAGAGCAGACCAGAGUUUACCAGGAUCUUGCGGUCCGGGUCAGCAUCCAUUCAACACCAAAACCCCCCUCUGACUCUGCUGUUCUACUGAAAACCCGACUGCGAAAUGUGAAAAAGAAAAUGGUUACAAACAGAACUAAACCAGAUGAUAUGGAUCAGAAAUGGAUUGAUGAGGAUCAGAGGAUCUCAACACACCGGCUGUUCACUAAUGUGGGUUAUGAAAGCAACAGUGCAGUCUGGGUAACUGAGGUAACUAAACAGCCACGGUUACUGUUUCCGGAUGUUCAGAGCACCCUGCCAAUGAUCCAACGACAAAUUACAGAAGAGGCAUUGUUGUCCAUAGUACCACAUCAGUCAAAGGAUUUCAGUCCUCCAGAUCAAGUUGGUGAAAGUGCCCUCCCUUCUCCUCAGUCAUACCUGUACCACCGUCCUGUGGAGGGCAUACAAGUCACAGACAUCUUCUAUGAAGACACAGUUAACAAUUCUCCACUGGAAUCCACCACCUCUGCUGCUGCUGUGGUACCAGGUAAAAAAAUGGACAAAGACUCCCUGCUGUCAUCUCUACCAAAAACCCUCACUUCAGAUUCCUCCACCCCCUCCUCUCGCUGGAUUACAUCAAGGACGGCCAUUGCCAGUAACACACUCACUGAUUCAGUCUAUAAACCAUUCACCACUACUUCUCUUCUCAAGGUGCUGAUACAUACAACCCAGCCCAUGUUCAAUGAGGGCAGCAACAGCAGCCAUGAUUCUCAGGUUGGGCCAGUUGGAGGUGUGGAGAGGGAUAAGAGGACAGUCAUUCCUCUGGCUGUUGUCUCCACUCUUACCAUCCUGUGUCUACUGGUACUGAUGGGCAUUCUCAUCUACUGGAGAAACUGUUUCCAGGCUGCUAAUUUCUACCCAGAUGGCAGUAUGUCAUCUAAAGUUGUACCCGCUGCGCCUACACCCCUGCUGCUUGCCACAGAUGGACAUGAGCCAUUGACAGUGAAGCAAUUUGUGAAGCAUGUCAUGGAGCUCCACACCACCAACACCUUCUCCAAGGAGUUUGAGAUUGUCAAAGAAUCCUAUGAGGUAAGAUACCUACCACUUCACUUGCAGAGCCAUCUCAGAGGAAAGUUGAUCACACAGUCCUCCAUUACCACUACACCCAGUGGCCAGACAUGGGUGUUCCCGAAUACACUCUGCCUGUCUUGUCCUUCAUCAGAGCAUCCUCCCAGGCCCAAACGCAGGAGAUGGGACCUGUCCUGGUACCAUCCAGAUAUGUCAUGUACUGUACAUAUGCCAUGUGUUUACCAUGAAAUGUGUGUGCAUUACAGUGCUGGUGUAGGAAGAACAGGAACCUACAUAGUGAUAGCCAGCAUGCUACAGCAGAUCCAGGAUCAGGGGACAGUGAACAUUCUUGGUUUCCUAAAACAUGUCCGGACUCAGAGAAACUUCCUUGUUCAGAGAGAGGAGCAGUAUGUGUUCAUCCAUGAUGUUCUAGUGGAGGCUAUCAUGAGCCGGAACACCUCUGUGACUUCUGAACUCCUCCACACUUAUGUGUCUGACCUCCUGAUCCCUGGAGCAUCAGGCAGGACACGCAUGGACAAACAGUUUAAGUUGAUCAGUCAGAGUCAGGUGAAGCAGAGAGACUAUGGCACAGCCUUGAAAAAUGCCAAUGCUGAGAAGAAUAGAGCCAGAGCUUUGAUGCCUGCGGAGAGAUCAAGAGUCUGUCUGACAGCUUCAGAAACAAACUCCACAGGCUACAUAAAUGCCUCCUAUGUCAUGGGACACCACCACAGUAAGGAGUUUAUAGUGAGCCAGACUCCUCUGAGCAGCACAGUGGCCGAUUUCUGGAAAAUGAUUUGGGAAAACAAUACGCACAUUGUUGUCCGUCUGCAAGAUACACACUGUCAGAAUGAAGAGGGGGAGUACUGUGUCUACUGGCCCAGUAAAGACCAGCCAAUGAGCUUUGAGGGUUUCACUGUGUCAUAUUCAGGGGAGGAGCAUGUGUUUCUUUCCAAUGAUGACAGAGUUUUGGUGCAGGACUUUACAGUGAAAUUUUCACAGAGCGAUUAUGUGUUGGAAGUGUGGCAGUACAAUGCCCCCUGCUGGCCAAACCCAGACAGCCCUAUCAGGAACAGUUUUGACCUGGUCAGCACAGUCAGAGAGCACAGUAGGCACACAGGUGGACCUAUAGUUGUACAUGAUCCGUUGGGAGGAGCGACAUCAGGGCUGUUCUGUGCUCUCACUACCUUGUCCAGUCAACUGGAAGAGGAGGGAGCUGUAGACAUCUACCUGGUGGCACGGAUGACCAACCUUAUGAGGCCUGGGGUAUUUAAUGAUAUGGAGCAAUACCAGUAUCUGUACCGAGGUGUGCUGAGCCUUGUGAGCAGCCAGGAGGACCAGAGAGCCUUGCAGAGUCCAGAAACUAACGGAUCUGUUCCACUAGGACAGACCAACAUUGCUGAGAGCCUGGAGUCACUCAUGUAGACACAAGCACACACACAUGCACAUUUAACAAACAAACAUGGCACAUACACAGAAAAUGCACCAUACAAGGCCACAUGCUCACUAGUAUAUAAUGGGCUGACGGAGGUUUGGUCUGACGUGAUGAGAGGAUGAACAUGAUGAAGUCUGUGGUUCAUAGCUCUGUCCACUGAGCAUGCUAACUCUUUCAUGUUAGGUAAACAGAUAUCAUUCAGAUAAGGUGACCAACAGACCAUAAUAUGCCUUUUCUUCAAAAGAUGAAAAAAAUAUACCACUUUUAAUAAGGCUUUCAAUAUAAGGGCUUCAUAAGUGAACUAAUGGCAGAAGUUGAGAACUGCAACUCCCCUGCAGCUCCCUCAGCAUCACUGUGCCACAUGCUGUGACUGUUGUCAUUCCUGACACAAUUAGCCAACCUCUAAAUAACUUUCGAUCAGUACUGCAGCUUCUAUCUGUGCCUGUUUUGCAUCCUCAUGUGCCAUUCCUGUGUAGCUCAUAUAGGGGUGCAAAAUAGCACAGAUCACAGCAGCAACUGCAAUUAAACCAGGCAGCAAUUCAAAUCAGAUGUCAUACUGUAUGUCUGAACUCUUUAUGUAAAUAUCUCUGAACCAAUCUUAAGGACAAGUUACUGUAUGCUUAUACUUUAUCUCUCUAUUUUCUAUUUUACUAUAAAAGGUGAUUUUCUAGUCAUUUACACACAUAUAUAACUGUGGAAAUUCUAUUUGAUAAUUUUCACCUGGAAAUGCUGUUAAUAGAUUUAAUGGAAUGUUAGCUAUUUUAUCUUAAUGAUUACAGUAGUAAU